AAAUAUUAAGAAAGGCUUAUUAUUUCAUCCAAACAAAUUAUGAAUGAUGAUUUCAGCCACCUUGAUUCUCACUUUUAUAGCAGUUCAGAUAUUGAAGAUACGAUAUCAAUCCAAUCACAAACAUUAACAGAAUCAACACAAGCACAGGAUUAUGAGGAUAGGGGGGAGUCAGAUGAUGACUAUGAGGAUAAUUACGAUGAAAAUAGGUCAGAUAUUAUGUCUUUGAAGAAUCUGAAUUUAGAAGAUAAUCAUCUUGAUAUACAAGAUACAUAUGAGGAACCAAAAGAUAUUGAACUUAAAGAAGAUCUACCAGACUGGGCAUGCAGCUAUUGUGGGAUUUAUACGCCAAGUUCUGUUUUAAAGUGUUUAACGUGUGGUAAAUGGUUUUGUAAUUCUCGAGGAAAUACAAGUAGUAGUCAUAUUGUUAAACAUUUAGUUCGUGCUCGCCAUAAAGAUGUUAUGCUUCAUCAUAAUAGUCCUUUGGGAGAGACGGUUUUAGAAUGUUAUAAUUGUGGAAUUAAAAAUGUAUUUCUUUUGGGAUUUAUUCCAGCUAAAAGCGAUACAGUUGUUGUUCUACUUUGUCGUCAACCUUGUGCUUCAACGCAAAGUUCUAAAGAUAUGAAUUGGGAUACAUCACAAUGGCAACCUCUUAUCGAUGAUCGUAGUUUUCUUCCAUGGCUAGUAUCAAUCCCUACAGAACACGAAGUAUUGCGCGCAAGACAGAUAAGUUCAUAUCAAAUCAAUAAAUUGGAGGAUUUAUGGAAAGAAAAUUCUAAAGCAACACUUCAGGAUCUUGAAAAGCCCGGAAUUGAUGACGAACCAGUUCCAGUACUUUUGAAAUAUGAAGAUGCAUAUCAAUAUCAAAAUAUUUUUGGUCCUCUUGUAAAAAUAGAAGCAGAUUAUGAUAGGAAGGUUAAAGAAUCACAGACACAGGAUGGAAUAGUUGUACGUUGGGACAUAGGAUUAAAUCAAAAAUAUCUAGCAUAUUUUAAGAUCAAAGUCUUAGAAGCAGGUGAUUUAAAAGUUGCAGUUGGGGAUGAAAUGCGUUUAAGAUAUCUUGGAGAAUUGAGGAAUCAUUGGGAAAGCAUUGGUUAUGUUAUUAAAAUACCUAAUAAUAUUUCAGAUGAAGUUGGUCUUGAACUUAAAAAAAGUGAUAAAAUUCAAACAGAUUGUACACACAAUUUUUCUAUUGAUUAUGUUUGGAAAAGUACUAGUUUUGACAGGAUGCAAAUGGCAUUAAAACAACUUGCAAUCAAUGAAACUAGUGUCAGUGGAUAUAUAUAUCAUAAGCUCUUAGGGCAUGAUAUUGCACCAUUGGUAUUGAAGACACAAAUGCCUAAACGGUUUUCGAGUCCUGGACUUCCAGAACUUAAUGUAAGUCAAGUUCACGCUGUACGAAGUGUUCUUCAAAAGCCUUUGUCUCUUAUUCAGGGACCUCCAGGUACUGGUAAAACAGUUACAUCUGCUACUAUAGUUUAUCAUCUUGCAAAGAUGAAUCCAGGUCAAGUCUUAGUAUGCGCUCCGUCAAAUGUGGCAGUAGAUCAGCUUUGUAAAAAGAUACAUCAAACUGGUCUUAAAGUAGUAAGAGUUUCUGCAAAAUCUAGAGAGGAUUUAGAGUCUCCUGUUGCUUUUUUAACUUUACAUGAACAAGUUCGGAAUAAUGAUACAAACACUGAAUUGCAGAAAUUGAUUCAAUUGAGAGAUGAACUUGGAGAAUUAAGUAGUCAAGACGAAAAAAAGUAUAAAGCUUUAGUAAAAGCCUGUGAAAAGGAGAUUUUAUCGAAUGCGGAUGUUAUUUGUGCUACUUGUGUUGGUUGUGGUGAUCCUCGUUUAUCUAGAUUUAAAUUUCGUACAGUAUUAAUUGAUGAAGCAACACAAGCAACCGAGCCAGAGUGCAUGAUUCCUUUGGUUAUGGGCUGUAAGCAGGUCGUUCUUGUAGGCGAUCAUCAACAGCUUGGUCCUGUAAUUAUGAAUAAAAAAGCUGCAAAAGCAGGUCUUCAACAAUCGCUUUUUGAAAGAUUAGUUAUUCUAGGAAUUUCUCCAAUCAGACUUACUGUUCAAUAUAGAAUGCAUCCUUGUUUAAGUGAAUUUCCAAGUAAUAUGUUUUAUGAAGGAACUUUGCAAAAUGGUGUUAGUAAAAAUGAAAGACUUCGUAAAAAUGUAGAUUUUCCAUGGCCUGUAAAUGAUACGCCUAUGAUGUUUCAUAUAAGUCUUGGCCAGGAAGAGAUCUCAUCUAGUGGAACUUCUUAUCUUAAUAGAACGGAAGCUUCAAACUGUGAGAAAAUUAUAGUAAAAUUUUUUAAAGCUGGUGUAAAGUUUUCACAAAUUGGUAUUAUUACGCCAUAUGAGGGGCAAAGAUCAUAUAUUGUAUCAUCAAUGCAGCAAAGUGGUUCUCUGCGAAAGGAUCUAUAUAAAGAGAUUGAAGUGGCGAGUGUUGAUGCAUUCCAAGGAAGAGAAAAAGAUUAUAUUAUUGUUUCUUGUGUUCGUUCUAAUGAGCACCAAGGAAUUGGUUUUUUAAGUGAUCCAAGAAGACUUAAUGUUGCUCUUACUAGAGCAAAGUAUGGUAUAGUUAUAUUGGGUAAUCCUAAAGUGUUGUGCAAACAUCCAUUAUGGCAUUAUUUAUUAGUUCAUUACAAAGAAAAAAAUUGCCUUGUCGAGGGACCAUUAAAUAAUCUACAGGUCUCUAUGAUUCAUUUUCCUAAGCCAAAAGCCGAAUAUCGUGGAGCCCAGAGACAUACAAUGGCGCUUAAUCGUCCAUCAUAUAAAUCAUCUCGAGCACCUGCUUCUGAAUUAAUACCUAAUAAUUCAUCAAUAAUCGGAAAUAUUCCAACACAUAUUGAUUCUUAUACUUCCCAAAAUGUUUCUGGAUUUAAUACUAAUUAUUCAAAUGUCUUUUCUGGUGGAAGUUUUUUGUCAGGUUUGGACAAUUGGCCUAGUUUAUCUGUAUACGAUAAAGCAAACCAUAAGGUUGCUACUCACUCACAAGCUGACCGGAUUAUUGGUCAGAGAUUAACAUUAGGGCAGGAUUUAGAUUCUAACAUGCCAUAUAAUGAUCUAGAUGAUUAUAAAACUCAUAGGGAAUCUUAUCCUAUUUCUGGAACAUCUAUUUCUAGAGGAAAUGAUGAUGAUACUAGAAGUUUAACUACAGAAUAUACGGUUCAAAUAGGUUCUUAA